AUGGACAAACAGCUAUGCUUGGCCAAGGAACCAAUUUACUGUUACACUCCGCACAACUUCACCCGUGACCAGGCGCUGUACGCCCGUGGCUACUGCUGGACAGAGCUGCGGGAUGCGCUGCCCGGUGUGGAUGCCAGCCUGUGGCCAUCGCUGUUUGAGCACAAGUUCCUGCCCUACGCACUGCUGGCCUUUGCCGCCAUCAUGUAUGUGCCCGCACUCGGCUGGGAGUUCCUGGCCUCCACGCGCCUCACCUCUGAGCUCAACUUCCUGCUUCAGGAGAUUGACAACUGCUACCACCGAGCAGCCGAGGGCCGUGCCCCCAAGAUUGAGAAGCAGAUCCAGUCCAAGGGGCCAGGCAUCACAGAGCGUGAAAAGCGAGAGAUCAUUGAGAAUGCUGAGAAGGAGAAGAGCCCUGAGCAGAAUUUGUUUGAGAAAUACCUGGAGCGCCGGGGCCGCAGCAACUUCUUGGCCAAGCUGUACCUGGCACGGCAUGUGCUGAUCCUGCUGCUCAGUGUAGUGCCCAUCUCCUACCUCUGCACCUACUAUGCCACCCAGAAGCAAAAUGAGUUCACCUGUGCCCUGGGCGCCUCACCUGAUGGGCCAAUGGGUAGCGCUGGGCCCACGGUGCGUGUCAACUGCAAGCUGCCAUCUGUGCAGCUGCAGCGGAUCAUCGCAGGUGUGGACAUCGUGCUCCUCUGCUUUAUGAACCUCAUCAUCCUCGUCAACCUCAUCCACCUCUUCAUCUUCCGCAAGAGCAACUUCAUCUUUGACAAACUACACAAGGUGGGCAUCAAGACGCGCCGGCAGUGGCGGCGCUCACAGUUCUGCGACAUCAACAUCCUGGCCAUGUUCUGCAAUGAGAACCGUGACCACAUCAAGUCACUCAAUCGACUGGACUUCAUUACCAACGAGAGUGACCUCAUGUAUGACAAUGUAGUGCGGCAGCUGCUGGCAGCCUUGGCUCAGUCUAACCAUGACACCACGCCCACUGUGCGGGACUCGGGCAUCCAGACUGUAGACCCCAGCAUCAACCCUGCAGAACCUGAUGGCUCUGCUGAGCCACCCGUGGUCAAGCGGCCCCGUAAGAAAAUGAAGUGGAUCCCCACCAGCAACCCGCUGCCACAGCCCUUCAAGGAACAGCUGGCCAUUAUGCGUGUGGAAAACAGCAAGGCCGAGAAGCCCAAGCCUGUACGCAGGAAAACAGCCACGGACACGCUUAUUGCCCCGCUGCUGGAUGCUGGUGCCCGGGCUGCCCACCACUACAAGGGUAGUGGAGGUGAUACGGGCCCCUCCCCUGCCCCACCUGCUGCCUCCGACAAGAAGCAUACCCGUCACUUCUCCUUGGAUGUACAUCCCUACAUCCUAGGUACCAAGAAGGCCAAGACUGAAGCAGUUCCCCCUGCCCUUCCAGCCUCCCGGAGCCAAGAAGGUGGCUUCCUGUCCCAGACAGAAGAAUGUGGGCUGGGCCUGGCUGCAGCACCCACCAAAGAUGCUCCGCCCCCUGAGAAGGAAAUCCCAUACCCCACAGAGCCUGCCCUACCAGGACUUCCAUCUGGGGGCCCAUUUCACGUCUGCUCACCCCCCUCGGCUCCUGCUGCUGCCCCCCUGUCACCAGGCAGUCUGGGCAAGACUGACCCCCUCACCAUCCUGAGCCGAAAUGCCACUCACCCCCUGCUCCACAUCAGCACACUGUACGAGGCCCGGGAAGAGGAGGAAGGAGGGCCCUGUGCACCCUCAGACAUGGGUGACCUCCUCACUAUUCCCCCACCCCAGCAGAUCCUCAUCGCCACCUUUGAGGAGCCAAGAACUGUUGUGAGUACUGUGGAGUUUUGA